AUGAGACUUCUCAAUACGUCAACAGAACUUUUGGAAGAAUUUAUCGACACGAGUGUGCCUCCAUAUGCCAUUCUUUCUCAUACGUGGGGGGAUGGGGAGGUAUCAUUGAAAGAUAUGACCACAGAUCCGGCGUACAAGUCGAAGCUUGGCUAUACGAAAAUCUCCAUGACUUGCCAGCUUGCCCGAGAAGAUGGGCUUCAGUACGCAUGGAUCGAUACUUGUUGUAUAGAUAAAUCAAGCAGUGCCGAGCUCUCAGAGGCUAUCAACUCUAUGUAUCAAUGGUACAAGAAAGCUGAGAAGUGUUAUGCUUACUUGUUUGACUUGGAUUCAACACCUACUUGGCGUAAAAGGCUGCCUCAGUGCCGCUGGUUCAGUCGUGGGUGGACGCUCCAGGAAUUGAUUGCGCCUAUGGACGUUUGGUUUUAUGAUGGAAAGUGGAACCUGGUCUUUCGAAAAGGUGAAGACAGUCACUUGCUUAAGCGUAUCACUGGUAUCCAUCAAGAUGUUUUGAAGGGUUCGCGAUCGAUGCUUUCCAUGUCAAUUGCUCAGAGAAUGUCAUGGGCGUCUCGACGUGUUACGACUAGAGCAGAAGAUGAAGCUUAUUGUUUGCUAGGAAUAUUUGACGUUAAUAUGCCCAUGCUUUAUGGAGAAGGUCGAAAGGCUUUCUUUCGGUUGCAAGAAGAGAUCAUACGAAUAUCUCCAGAUUUGAGUAUUUUUGCGUGGACAUCAAAAAAGCCACCAGGCGAUGAUGAACAGGCCCCAGUCGCAUGUUCCAUGUUUGCUUCAGCUACCGAUGACUUUGCUGAAAGUGGGACUUUCGUCGCCGUCAACGCUCAAUCGACCAACGACUUUUCUAUAUCGAACCAGGGAAUAAAAGUCCAUACAAGACUGGCAUUGCAGAAAGUGCCCCGUCAGCAGGGUUACCGGUACGUUAUGAAGGUUUGCAAAACUAUUGAUGGACGUGUUUUUGGAAUUCGUCUUAGAAAGUGUGGUGUAUCGCAGCUUGUGCGAGAAGAUCCUUGGGUGUUGAUCGGCGAGGAAAAUACAUUUCCAUCUAUGCAAAGUAGGAUCAUGUAUCUUCUAAAUCGACUGCCACCAGCGCACGCUCCGAAUUAUUUACUCGAAAGUAUCGUACUUGGUUCACGGUCUCGUGUUCUUCAAAUCGAUCUUCCACCCGAAAUGUAUAUCAACAACGUCUGGCCCUGGUCUCGAUGGGACGUUACUGACCAAACAUUUUUCGUUUCUGAUGAUUUAGGCUUAGACUGUGCAGGGUUCAGAGUCUUUGGUGGUUAUGACUUCGACCCUCUCAGACGUGGAGAAAGAUCUAAAUUUAGUUUCAUGGUUUAUGUCUGGAAAUGGUCCCGAAAUGGUGAUCGGCCGAUGACUGAGCCUGAAUUCACGCUUGUUCCUUGGACGGCUUCGGAUACCAGUCUCAAAGAUCUCAACGAGAAACUCGAGCAGUACGAGUAUAACUCCACGAUGCUUCAAGCUGACUUUGAGACUUAUCGAGUACGUGUGGCUAAGAAUGUUCAUUUCCCGUUCGAAAAAAGGAGGCUCGUCAGUGCUCGAUGUGCGUUCAAUCUCGUUAAUGAUUGGUCGAAAUGCAGUGAACCUUUCUGGAAAAUGACGCUUUUUGUGGAAGCUUCGGGGGAUGGAUUUUGA